CGCUGAAUUGAGGAUCCAACGAACAACAAGUCCACGCUUUGAUUCAGCAGUAUUGAUCGAGUCUGACUUCUUCCCCACCACCUCCUCACCGCAAUUUCGACUGCACUCUACAAUUGUGUCCCUCUGUGGUAGCGAAUGCACCCGAAAAACGGUCUAGAGGUGGGUGGUAAGCGAGGAGAUCGCCGGGUAAAUAGCGUUUCUUCACGUUCGACUUCUUAUCCUUCGCGUCAGUCACCACACGACGCAUUCACUUGCCGCGCCGCCGCCAGCCCGCCAGCCAGCCAGCCAGACAUUCCAAACAUCGAACCGACAACGACCACCAACGACUCACCCAUCACACAGCAAACCAUGGCCUCGGCAACAGCAUCAAACCAGCGCGAGCUCCCCUCACCGCCGUCGGACGCCAUCUCCUCUCUCACAUUUUCCCCCCAAACGCCGACGCGGCUCCUCGUCUCCUCGUGGGACAAGUACGUGCAUCUUUACGACACGCAUAGUGGCGUUGAUCAGGCCGGGUCGGAACUGACGCGAUUUGCACAUGCAGCGCCUGUGCUGGACUGCUGCUUCGGCGAGGGUGACGGUGACGUGUUUUCUGGAGGGUUGGACUGGACCGUAAAUCAGCUGGAUCCGGAGACGGGAAAGGUUAAGCUGCUGGGAACUCACGAGCAAAGCGUUAAGUCUAUUUGCUACAACACCGAAAUCAAAUCCCUAAUAUCCGGCGGUUGGGACAACCACGUGCACCUUUACGACCCGCGGUCCUCGACCCCACUGACCAGCAAACACGAGCAACUCCACAAGAUUUACUCUCUCUCCACGAGCGGGCACACGUUGGUAAUAGCCAUGGCGGCGCGCGCCUUCCACCUCUACGACCUCCGCAACAUGUCGGAGCCGUCGCAGGUGCGCGAAUCCAGUCUCAAGUUCAUGACACGCACCGUUGCAUGCAUGCCCAACGGCCUCGGGUACGCAUCGUCGUCGAUCGAGGGACGGGUGGCGGUCGAGUUCUUUGAUUCCAGCGAUGAGGUCCAGGCGAGGAAAUAUGCAUUCAAGUGCCAUAGGCAGGUUGAGAAUGGCGUCGAUGUGGUCUACCCCGUCAAUGCGUUGGCGUUCCACCCGGUGUAUGGAACGUUUGCUUCUGGUGGUGGUGACGGUGUCGUGAGUCUGUGGGAUGGAAUGGCGAAGCGGAGGUUGAGACAGUACCAGAAGUUCGGAGCCAGCAUUGCCGGGUUGUCGUUCAACAAGGAUGGAAAAUACCUGGCGAUAGGAAGUAGUGGUGGGUUCGAGGAUGGCAGGAAUGACGGAGAGUGUCCGCCCGACACGAUCAAAGUCUUCAUCAGAGAAAUGGCCGAAGGCGAGGGCAAAGGGAAAGGACAAUAGUAGGUACUAUAGUCAAAGCGGGCAACAUACUUGAGGAAAUGGGAUUCUUUGCGUGUAAACUACAUAUGGCGAUAGGGAGUUUUGGUGUUUCACACAGGUAGACAGAGACAGUACGUAGGAGAAC